AUGGCGUACUCGGACUCCUCGCCACACCUAACCGGGCUGCUGUUGGGCGUGUACCGCGGAUGCGAACCCGGCGAAGUGGUGUUGACCAGAGAGGCGCAAAAGUUCGACGAGUCCGUGAUGGGCAAGGCCAGCCAGUUUCUGCAGAGUUCCGGCAUUGCCCAAAAGAAGACUGUGGUGGCGCACAAUCUUCACGAUAACUACUUCGCAGUGGCGUUCACCGAAAUCGGCCCGAAGAACGUCGGGUACAGCGCGCGGGAAAACCUCGAGCAGUGCCUGGAAAUGACGCGGGUCGGGGCGGGCGUGGGCAUCCGCGCGCUGCAGUCGUACAACGUGGACGAGGUACACGUCGAGUCCAUGUCGGACGCGGGCGCCGCGGCCGAAGGUUCCGUGUUGGGCUCGUGGUUUUUCGACGGUUACCGGCGACGCGAGCCGCUGCCCAGAGUGCCCAAGCUGUGCCCGUUCUACGUCGGGGACAUGGAAUCGUGGCGCAGCGGCGUCAUGUUGGGCGAGGCGCAAAAUUUGGCGCGCCGGCUGUCGCACGUGCCGCCCAACAUCGGCUCGCCCGACAACAUGGCGGAGUACGCGUUGCGGUUGUUAUGCAAGUGCAACGUCAGUGUCAGUGUGCGGGACGCCGAGUGGAUCGAGAAGAAUCAGAUGUUCAUGUUGUUGAACGUGGCCAAGGGAUCGAGACGGUCGCCGGUUUUGCUGGAGCUGGCCUACUGCGGCGGUCGCGAGGACGAUAAACCGGCCGUGCUCAUCGGCGACGGAUGCACAUUCGACUCGUGGGGCCUGUGCUUGCGCGACAACAAACGCAUAGAGUACGGCAUGUUCAACAAGUGCGGUGGCGCGGCCGUGAUCGGCAUAAUGAAGGCCGCGUCGCAAUUGUCGCUACCUCUCAACAUCAACGCGUUCGUGCCGCUCUACGAAAACAAGCCCAGCGGCAUGGCACUCAAACCCAGCUCGGCCGUUAAGUCGUUCAACGGCAAAACUGUCCAAGUGCACCGGACCAGCGAUACGUCCCGGAUGGUGUUGAGCGAUCUGAUCGGAUACAGCCAGAAUCUAAAGCCCAACGUGAUCAUCAACGUAGCCUCCCUGUCGUCGGAUACCCAGAAGUACUUCAAUGGCAGCGCUUCGGUCGCGUUCACCGAGGACGACCAGAUGUACAAUGAUCUUUACUCCGCUUCGGCUAUCACAGGCGACCGUGUGGUGCGCGGUCCGCUGUGGGAUUUCUACGCGGAAAAAAACAAGUGGCCGACGAUAUGCGACGUCCGGGUAGUGCCGCACCAAUACACCGGUGACGCCAUGGCCGCCGCCAUGUUUUUGGAGGACUUCAAACCGAACUCGUGCAAAAUGCUCACUCUCGACGUUAGCGGCUCGGCGUUCCUCAGGAGUCCGCGGCCGGAACACUACCUCAGGCCUGGACAAAUGACAGGCAGUCCCGUGCGCACCGUCAUCCAGCUGUUGAAACAAAUGACAUGCCCCAACGAUAAAAAACCUACGUGUUAA